UCACACGCCGAGCACCCCAACGGGUCGGUGAAUUGGCUUGAGCUUUUCAGGCCAGCAGCUGGCAAAUCCCAAAUGCGGAAGCCACGCUUCAGGAGGCAGCUCGACAUCGGUUCUCAACCGCCACAUCCGCCAGCCUCGGCGCGCUUUGUGGAUGGCUAGCUGCACUGCCACUGCCUCUGGAAACCUGCUGCCAUCUGGGGCUCAGGGAGAUACCAGGCACAGCCGGCGCGCCGCUGCAUGGCGCGUCCACUCGCCGUGGUGGACGGUGGCACCGGGUCCGACUCUUCCAGCGGGCCAGAGUGCAGUUCCGUCAAUGGCAGCGGCAACGCGGUCAGGACGUGCAUUGGCUCGUGCAAGGUCUAUUUGGUCUUGCUGAUCCUCGCGGCCUUGCUGGCGCUGUCGAUCGUCUUCCUGCCGCGGUCGGGCCAGGCCGAACACAUCGCUAUCGCCAAGUGGUGGAUGGAGAGGAAAGUAAAGAAGGACUACUCGGGCAGGUGGUGCGCCGGCAUCGCGGAACACCCGCUGUGGGGCACGGAGGAGGUCACGGGCCUGUGCCCGCCUGCCCGCGACAUACUCUUCGAGACCAACGUGUCAGCUCCAGUGCUUGACGAGAACCUGACCGCCAGGCAGCUCAAAAACGUCCGGGACUACCUGGAUGAACCGAACAACUUGUCAGGUCAGGAGUACGAACUGUACGACGAGGCCUUGGGCGUGCUGGAGAAAAUCAGUACACUGCAGCCUAAGGACGUGUUGGCAUUCCGCGAGACGUGGACCAAUGCAGAUACUGACAUCCUCCGGGCGCUUGACAGCAAUCCCAGGGUUUGGUUGCCGCAGGGGGGGAAGCUUACGACGACUGCUUUCGCCUCGCAGCUGCCAAGCGUCGCCGACUUCAGGCGGCUAGUUGAGAGUGGUCCAGCGGCGAUUGUUGGAGGAGCGGACAGCCUGGUGAACAUGAGCUUGGGGCAUGAGAUAGAUGCGCAUCCAGUCGUCGUGCGAUUUAACGCAAUAAUCGGUGACAAGCUUUCCGCGCCUGAGACCGGAGUCAAAAUGAAUUUGCAUGUCAUGUGCGCCAAAGUACCCCCUGCCACGGACAGCAGCGUCUGGGAGAUGGACCUAGAGGCCAGCACGCCUUGGAGAACGUAUUGUGGCAGAAUGCACAAGGGUGGUGAGUUCGAGAACGUCACGGUGCGGAGUAAGUUGUUCAUGUUCCGGCCUUCUGCAUUCUGCCGGAAAGAAACACGUUUUGAUUUUCAAGGUUGGACAAGAGGAUUUCUGUUUUAUUGGUUUGUCGGCCGCCUGUUUGACAGCCUCACCAUGUAUGGAUUCAAAGGGGGCGGGCACUACAAGAACGAUGAAGUCAUGCAUGAGCGUUACUGGACAUUCGAGCAUUUCUUCUAUGACAUUAAUGAGCCAGAUCGUUAUUGAAGUAAGUAUUCUGCAGUUGUGUUCAAUUCAUGUCUUCAGGUUCUGUCAGCGUCUCACUCGUUAUUCUACCUUCAAGCCCAGCUAAGUUGAUUGCGCAGGCUCGUGGAUACUGCUUGGCAAUACUCUGGCGCAGCAGUUCCCCGUGGCCGUGCUGGCGAUGUACAGCGAGGUCCACGGCGGGAAUGCCAAACAAUUCAUUUUAGCACGACGCUUCCCAUGAAGCACUUCAUUGCUGUUUUGGACAGGAAGAAAAAAGGUCACAGUCCGGGAA